AUGCACGAGGAUGACAAGGCGAAAACUUCUUUCAUUAUCGAGAGAGGGACCUACUGCUACAAGGUUAUGCCCUUUGGGUUGAAGAACGCCGAAGCAACCUAUCAAAGGCUCGUGAAUAAAAUCUUCAAAGAGCAGAUCGGCAAAGCUAUAGAGGUAUACGUGGACGACAUGCUGGUCAAGGCCCCAAAAAGUGCAGAUCACCUCAAAAACCUCGCCAAGUGUCCAACUCAACCGUCAGCUCAGCUCUCAUCCGAGAAGAGCUGGGGGCCCAACAUCCGGUAUUCUACACGUCAAAAGCUCUCCUCGAUACAGAAACUUGCUACCCAAAAUUGGAUAAAGCUGCGACCCUACUACCAAGCUCAUCGAGUCAUCGUCAUGACCGACUUUCCUUUGAGAUCAAUCCUCCACAGCCCUGACGCUUCUCAGCGACUAAUGAAGUGGGCUAUAGAGCUUAGCCAAUAUGACCUCCUCUACCGGCCAAAAGCUGCAAUAAAAGCCCAGGCUUUAGCAGACUUCGUAGCAGAGUUCACCCCAUCGGCCGAAGAAGAUAAAUUGGUCAAUAAAAAGAAGGAAAGUAGACGGAGCGUCAAACCAAAAGGAGCUGGAGCAGGUGUUGUCAUCAUCACCCCGGAUGGAACCUUGUUAGAGCAAGCUAUCACGCUUGGCUUUCCGGCCUCAAACAACGAGGCAGAAUACGAGGCAUUGCUCGUCGGCCUGCGCUUGGCAAAGGAGCUAGUAAUCAAAAAGCUAGUCAUCUACUCAGAUUCCCAGCUGAUCACAAAUCAAGCAUCAAGUGAAUACAUGGCUAUCACGCUUGGCUUUUCGACCAAGCAUUGA